AGAAGCCCUUCAUUCCAUAUUCUUCUUGACUCUCAACACUUCCCUAUUAUCUUCUCUCUCACUCUAUCUCUCUCCACCUUGAAGAAGGAAUCCUCUAGAAACAUUCUGAAGAUAUGGCAGGCAUAGCUUUCGGACGCUUCGAUGAUUCUUUCAGUCUGGGAUCCAUUAAAGCCUACCUUGCUGAGUUCAUCUCAACCCUCCUCUUUGUUUUCGCUGGCGUUGGUUCUGCCAUGGCCUAUGGGAAGUUGACAAGCGAUGCAGCACUGGAUCCUCCAGGGUUAGUAGCAGUAGCAAUCUGCCAUGGAUUUGCUUUGUUUGUUGCAGUCUCAGUUGGAGCCAACAUAUCUGGAGGCCAUGUGAACCCAGCAGUGACCUUUGGUUUAGCUCUUGGAGGUCAGAUCACAAUCCUCACUGGUAUCUUCUACUGGAUUGCUCAGCUUGUUGGCGCCAUCGUCGCUUGCUUCCUCCUCAAGUUUGUCACCGGAGGCUUGACAACUCCGACACACAGUUUGGCUGCCGGAGUCGGAGCAAUAGAAGGAGUGAUUAUGGAGAUUAUCAUCACUUUUGCUUUGGUCUACACUGUGUAUGCUACAGCUGCUGAUCCCAAGAAGGGUUCUCUUGGGACCAUUGCUCCCAUUGCCAUUGGCUUUAUUGUUGGAGCCAACAUCCUGGCGGCCGGCCCCUUCUCCGGCGGGUCGAUGAACCCUGCUCGGUCCUUUGGCCCUGCCGUAGCUAGUGGUGAUUUCCGUGACAACUGGAUCUACUGGGUUGGACCUCUCAUUGGUGGUGGCUUGGCUGGCCUUGUCUAUCCCAAUGUUUUCAUGCACUCUGAACAUGCACCUUUGGCUAAUGAGUUCUGAUUCUGAUAUUCUGAUUCUGAUCGAUACACAUUCCUGUUUGUUUUCUCUGUAAUAAAAGGAGGAAGAAGCAUGAGGCAUGAGUUGCUUGCUUUUUCCUUCUUUGACAUCUUUGUUUCUGUUGUAAAGCCUUUCUGGGGUUAAUUUAUCAUCAUGAUCUGUAAGAUUCAGUAGGUUGGCGUAUGUGAAGUAGUGUUUUUUGA